AACCAAUUGCUAAUUUCAUGGUCAUCUGACAACCAUCUCACUGGCCGUGACGACAAAAAUUUUUACACAAUAGCUACCACCAACAAAGAAUCUUUUGUGUAUAGAACAAACUGGUAGUAAAUUGCUGAAAAUAUAUUUCAUUAGAAGUUUUAUAAACAAUAUACGCCCUUAGAAACAUUAUUAAUUUGUGAUAAAGUGUGAUUGGUGCGUGAAAUCGUAAUGUCAACUCCUGCCAGAAGACGCCUGAUGAGGGAUUUUAAACGUCUUCAAGAAGACCCACCUACAGGUGUGUCAGGUGCUCCAACUGAUAACAAUAUAAUGAUCUGGAAUGCUGUGAUAUUUGGCCCCCAUGACACUCCAUUUGAAGAUGGCACAUUCAAACUGACUAUUGAAUUUACAGAGGAGUAUCCCAAUAAACCUCCCACAGUUCGGUUUGUGUCCAAAAUGUUUCAUCCAAAUGUUUAUGCUGAUGGUGGAAUUUGUUUAGACAUCUUGCAAAACAGAUGGAGCCCAACAUAUGAUGUAUCUGCUAUCCUAACCUCUAUACAGUCAUUACUAAGUGAUCCAAACCCAAAUUCACCAGCGAACUCAAUGGCAGCGCAACUAUACAAAGAAAAUCGGAGGGAGUAUGAAAAACGAGUCAAAGCAUGUGUAGAACAAUCUUUUAUUGAUUAGCAGGGUACGGGCAGGACCACAGGGGCUCGGCAUCCGCGCCGGCGUCGCCGGCCGUACCUCCGCGUUCAUUCAUUCAUUGGGACAACCACAUAAAUUAAUAGUAAUUAAUCAACAACACCAUUUCAAUAUACCAAUAAGAUUUUUAGUACCUAAUAAUAAGAAGUUAAAAUUGAAGCCAAUCAUAUUUUUUUAUCAUAUAGCAAGUGUUGAUGCAUUAUUCUUAUAGACAAUAUGGAGCACUGUCAUGUAUUCAGUUAUGUACUUACUGUCAUUAGUAUGUACACAAAGUCAUUUAUGACAUGUUUAUAACCAAAAUUUCCUUUCUAAUGAUGUUAUAAAAUCAAUCACAACCCUUAAAGAGCGUAAGAAAAGCUGUAUGUUAACUUCAUCUGGCUGCCCUACUAAUAACUAAUUACUUAUGCUAAUUUUUAGAUGCAUUGUGCAUGACAUCAAAUUAAUAUAUAUUUAAACUAACAAUUUUGAGUUUGUUAUAUACAUACAUAAUUAGAAAGAUUAAUCACUAUAGGUAUAAUAAACUGUUUGCCUGUAGUAACUUGACUAGUUACCAACAGAUUUCUUACAAAUGCCUGCUAAAAUUCAACUUUUAUUAAAAUUAUUUGAUUACAAAAAAAAUCAACAAUGUUAGAAUGAGAAUCAUAGACGAUAAAAUGCACUUUGCUAAAUUUUGUAUUGAUAAAAUAUGUAUGUUAAUCUUAAGAAGUGUCUGGGUAGUCUCUAAUGUGUCUGGCUGGUAACGCAAUAAUUAACUUAAAAUAUAAUCGUAUUAUACAAGAAGUUUUCAAGAUUCUCAUGAAGUCAUCAUGAUUAUUGUGAAGCGCCUUACUAUCACAGUGUUUACCUUGAAAGAGUACAAGUGAUACUUUAACCCCUACGUUUUUAUAUACAAUAUGCAGCUAUACAUAGUUUUCGGGAUUCUGCACAAAAUAUGCUUGAGUCUCAUUCUAGUUUAUAUUAUAUACCUCUAACAGCAGUGUCCCAAUGGAUAAAAAGUGAAAUACUGUAGUGUUUUCUUGUUUUCUAAUAAAGCUAAAAGUUUGAAAUGAAAUGUCAACGGUUCCAAGGACGUUUUACGUAUGUGUAAUAUUUGUCUUCUAGUAAAAUAUUAUUUUCGGUUUU